UUCUCCAUGUAUACGCAUGUGUUAUAACAGAACAUAUGUCAGCGUGAUUCUUUUUCAACCGAGUGAAAGAUAAUUUCACUUACUCGCGUAACCUCCUCUUCGCGAUAUAAUAUUUAUUUACGCAUGUCUGUCGUUGCACUGAAUAUUGAAUUAUUCCAGCGUAAUUGGACAAAGUACCUCGUACGAAAAGUAACAUUCGUGUCUUGAAAGUGGUACGACGAUCAUUGCAAAAAUAUGUUCGUGUCGUUGAAACGGAAACGAUAUUAAUAAUUGUGACAAAAAUAAGGAUCGUUGUUCUUAUUAAGAUGUAGGUAAUCUGUGUUUCCGCGUAACAAAAAAAAAAAUAAAAAUAAAAUGUUUGUAAAAAUGUCAAUAAACGUUACAAAAAUAAAGUAAUGAAACGCGAAUGUUAACCGUGUGCAAAACGAGUCAGGUUUAUAAGAAUUUUACAAUUGGAUUCAAGCGAGGAUUGAAAAUGUCGAGGUUAAAUUCAGAAUCAAGAUGUCAACAAUAGAGAAGCUUUUGAAGAACAUAAGAUUUAUGUUAUAUUGGCACAAAACGUAAUGUUAAAUCUAUUAUUAUUAUGUUUACAAUGGGGAAAGUUAUACCAAUGAGCUGGUUGAACCAGAUACUGUUGAUUUCAAGUAUAUUAAGUGCUUCAUUGUCUUUAAUUAUACAAGAAUGGGCAGGUCUCACACCAUUAUCAAUUUAUGUUUCUAUUUUAUGGGCUAUUUUCAUUGUGAUAAUGUCAGUGUGGCUCAGUUGUUUCUUACUUCAACUCGCAUUGAAAGCAAAUGUCCCGCUUAAUAUAAAAUAUCUUAAUAACUGGUUAUAUACAAAAUUAGCGACUAGUUUAAAAUUACAUGAUUUGCCAGAAAAAGAUGCUUUCGUUAACAAAAGUGAGGAUAAAGUAAAAAUGAACGAACAUAUAAAUUCCAUAAAAAGGCCAACCGAACAGAAAACAGAUAAUGUUUUGACGAUCGAAAGAUCAUCUAGGAAAACGAGUACAUUUAAUGCAAAAACUAUUUCCUCAAAAAGAAAAAGAAUGCUAAGAGUAAAUGACAUGUUGAAAGAAAUAAACUUAAAAUGUAUUGAUGUAUGGUACAAAUUCAUUAGUAAUGAUAAAUCAUUCCCUGACGAAGCACAAGAAAUGCUAAGAACAUUAUUGACCAAAUUAUUUUAUAAAAUCAAUUUAAUAGAUAAAGUGAAGCUUACUCAUAAGCUAGCUAAUGUGUUCUUAUUACAUUUGAAAGAAUAUCACAGAGCAUCGCGACGGGUGGAGAAAGGAACAGCAUCAAGUAUAGAGGAAACAUUCAAGUAUUUACAUCCUGGUUCUCGUAAUGCAGAAACUUUGGAGUAUAUGCUCCAGCAAAAAAUCAAUAUUUUAGCACAAGAAUUUUUACAAUGGGAAUUAACAAGUUCAUUGCCAUGUAAAUUAUUACUAUCUAUUUUAGCAAAAAGAUUAUUAUUAGUUAUAGAAACAGUAAGUUCUCCAAACUGGUUGUUUCGAAGUAUGUCAGACUUAUUACGACCCUUGUCAAAAGAAGUUGCCCAAGUUCAAAUUAAAAAGGAAGACGUAAUAUGCACAAAAAAAUUUAUAUCCAAUGCUUUAAGUGAUGGUAUAACGUCUUCAACGGCAGCUAUAAUUCCACGGAUGUUACCAAAACCAAAAUCUGAUCUAUCAGUGAAAACUACCAUUGAAAAUAAAAAUUCUUCACUAAACAUAAAUGACAAAAGACCUAUUUUACAUUUAGACAAUUUAGCUACGGAACAUAGAGGUCUUUGGGGUCAAAGUAUGUCGGAGGUAGAUUCUGAAGUAGACGAUGAUAAAAUAUCUCCAGUAUAUGAAGAGCCUACUGAUUUUGCUACAACAAUUGCUAGGUUAAGAACUGUAUUACAGCAAAAGUCAACUGUGAAUACACCUCUACAUGUAGAAGAAAAAUCUUACAUAGUAUACGAAGGUAGUCAAUUUACAAAUUUAUUGAUUCCAUGGACAGAGUUUCAUACAGCCCCUGAUGGUUCACAGCAACUACUUUAUUGUAUUCAGUUUGAUGAUGUGGAACAACGUGGAGCUGAUUUAUUUGAAACAACAACUGCUACUGUCAGGAGACAAUACCGUGACUUUGCUCGGUUACAUGCUAGCUUGCAAGAGAUUCCAGAAUUAACACAUAUUAUGACAGAUUUAAUAUUACCAGAAGGUGGGCGUAGUGAGUUAGAGAAUUAUUUAAAAACUCUAACUACGCGUUUGGGUAAUGAAAGUCCAACACAAUUACGACAUUUUCUACGACCGAGCGCUAGUGCUAGUAAAAAGGCAGAUGUAGUUGUACCUCGAUUCGACAGACUUUUGGCCAAAACCGUAAGUGGUGUUUUCAACACUUUGAAAACAGUUGUUCCGGGUUUCGAAAUCGACCAAGAAGAAGAAAAUGUUCCAUUACCUACGUUAAUGCCUUUAGCUGAUAUACCAUGGAGGUUCGUCGAGGAUAUUAAAUCGAAAAGUUUAGCAAUUGAACUCCAACAACUUGUGGAUGAAAGAAUUGAGUAUUGUUCUGUAGAUACAGCUUAUGAAGCCGUUGAUUCAAUUGAUGGCAAUAACGAUACUGCAUUGUUUCAUUGGUGGGAAAUUGUAAAGGCUCCUUAUGAAGAGGAAAUAGAUGAAUUGGACUCGCACGUAACGUUAACAUGCGCUGCUAUAGAUAUUAUUUGUGAAUUGUUAGCAGGAAUUGAGAGUAACAAUACCUUACAACAAGAAGCAGUUGUUAGGUGGAUAAAGUUACUCUUUGGAAAUAUUACUGAACCUCUAUUACAAACUGCUGUUCUUCAAAUUUUUGAUUGCUUGGGUAAUGCAUCGCUUCUUCAUAAUGUACAAAAUAAAAUUUCUGACGAACCUCUAAUAAAUAUAAAGGAAAGACUGUUGCAACAAUUAUUAGCUAAAAUUCCGAGCGAUGUAAAAUUAAUAUUUGGUGAGGAUGAUACGUUAAACAUUCUAAAAUACUUACUUGGUUCUUAUGAAUUAAAAAAAAUUAACAUAGAUUUAAACCUACAGAUACUAGAUGUUUUAGCAUCGCAACUAUUAAUUUCAUGUAGAUCAUAGAGUAAUAUAAAGUAUGUAGAGCAUAGCUCUAUAAUACUUUAUUUUGUUUUUAAAUUCAUUAAAGAAAGAAUAGUGCAAUACAUACCUAUGAAACUAAAUUAUUUAAAUGAUUUACUAGUAUCGAAAGUCAUGAAUUACUUAAAUACAUUUUAGUCAGAAAGGAAUUGAUGUGCCAUACGUAGUAAAUUUGUUGACAAUUGAUAAUUAAGAACUAUGAAGUUUUCAAAACCAAACUUUGUACCUGA